AUGGCCGACUCGAAGGCAUGGGAGCUGGGGCUGGAGCGAAAGGUCUCAGCGGGCACGAGCUGGCAAAGGCGAUUGUAUCCGACCCUCGGGACUUCGGGAGGUUAUGCGACUCUCCGCGGUCUAUUCGACUUGUUGGAUCUCACUGGGUCCGCUGCAGUGCGACUGGUGAGCCUGCGCAAAAUGCGUGCAGGCAGUAGAAAUGGCGCCUCUUCCAUAACAACAUUCCCAGUCACCUCUGGCGUUCCUGUGGCAAAUAUGGUGUUUUUUGGUGUCUUGAAUUGA